AUGAACUCCGACGGAAGCACAGACGAAGCCAUGAAUACAUCAGUAAGGAAGCUUCUGAUUUACCAAUUCCACGCUAAGGCUAGAGUCCUGUUAAUUUUCUUUGAAAACCAUGAACCCACUUUCCUUAAUGUCAUCCGCCCAUCUAGUGGGAGGGGUCAACCAUCUGGUGAGAAUUCUUUAAAAGUGUAUUGCCGUGCUUAA